GUUUGCCGGUUAAUUCAAGAUGGAGUGGCAGCCAUUUUUGGACCAAAGUCUCCGUCCUGUAGUGCUCUUGUCCAGUCCACGUGCCACGCGAUGGAGAUUCCACAUAUCGUGACCAACUGGGAAUACCGUUUCCUUCCGGAUGCUUUCUCUGUAAACAUCUAUCCGCACGCUCCAGUGUUAGGCCGAGCAUAUCUUGACCUGGUACUGACCAAGAAAUGGAAAACCUUUACAAUAAUCUACGAGGAUAAUGAAGGGUUGAUAAGAUUACAAGAGCUGUUGAAAGCGCCCUCUUACAAGGACGUGAAGAUUACCAUCCAUCAGCUUACGCCAGGAUUGAGUUACAAGAAACUUUUGAAAGAUAUAGGGAAACGAGGAGAAACUAACAUCAUUUUAGACAUACCCGCCGAAAAAGUCCCCUUGGUUUUUAGAGAGGCUCAAGAUGUAGGCAUGAUGACUGCAUAUCAUAAUUACAUCGUCACAUCAUUGGAUUUACACACCAUUAAGCUGGAUGGAUUCCAGCAUGGAGCAACGAACAUUUCCGGUUUCCGACUGGUGGAUCCUGCUCGUCAAAAUAUCAAUAUGGUAGUUCGUGACUGGACUUUUGGCGAAUAUCGUUACGGUCUUCGACCUGGCAAGGACCAUUUGUUAAAGAUUGAAGCCAGAACUGACUCUGAUUCUGAGUUUGAAGCUCGAACUGACUCUGAUUCUGAGUUUGAAGCUCGAACUGACUCUGAUUCUGAGAUUGAAGCUGGAAUCGACUCUGAUUCUGAGUUUGGAGCCAGAACCGACUCUGAUUCUGAGUUUGGAGCCAGAACCGACUCUGAUUCUGAAACCGACUCUGAUUCUGAGAUGGAAGCAAAACCCGACUCUGAUUCUGAGAUUGAAGCCAGAACCGACUCUGAUUCUGAGAUUGAAGCAAGAACCGACUCUGAUUCUGAGAUUGAAGCCAGAACCGACUCUGAUUCUGAGUUUGAAGCUAGAACUGACUCUGAUUCUGAGAUUGAAGCUAGAACCGACUCUGAUUCUGAGUUUGAAGCUAGAACUGACUCUGAUUCUGAGUUUGGAGCUAGAAUUGACACUGAUUCUGAGAUUGAAGCUAGAAUUGACACUGAUUCUGAGUUUGGAGCCAGAACCGACUCUGAUUCUGAGUUUGGAGCCAGAACUGACUCUGAUUCUGAGUUUGAAGCUAGAAUUGACACUGAUUCUGAGAUUGAACUCAUCAUGGAAGGAAUAACUGGAAACAUUCGGCUCAACGAAAGUGGAGUCCGGACAAACUUCACAUUGGAUCUGAUUGAACUCAAACGUGAGGGCUUGAAAAAGGCUGCGUUCUGGAACCCACAAGAUGGAAUAGUAUUCACUAGGAACUACACAGUAACUUAUAUUCAGGAAGUCAAGCAAACCCUGAAGAACAGGACUCUUCGAGUUUCUACCAUCAUCGUGAGUGAAGCUGAUAUUGCCAUCGCUGACCUAACUAUGACCUACGAACGAGAAGAAGCCGUCGACUUCACGAUGCCUUUCAUGAACUUGGGGAUCAGUAUUCUCUUCAAGAAACCAACCAUCAAAGUUCCGAAGCUCUUCCAGUUUCUGGCGCCACUGUCUCUGGACGUAUGGAUUUACAUGGUUACGUCCUAUCUUGGGGUCAGCCUAAUGCUCUUCAUCCUUGCCCGGCUGAGUCCGUAUGAAUGGGACAACCCCCACCCCUGUGACCCCGAAAACGAUGUGCUGGAAAACCAGUUUAACCUGAGUAACAGCUUCUGGUUCACGAUCGGUUCCUUGAUGCAGCAGGGUUCGGAUAUAGCUCCUAAAGCCAUGUCAACUCGCCUCCUAGCGGGAAUUUGGUGGUUCUUCACGCUUAUCAUGAUUUCUUCAUACACUGCUAACUUAGCGGCUUUCUUGACUGCUUCGAGAAUGACCUCUCCGAUAGAGAGCGCUGAAGAUCUUGCCAAGCAGACGAAAAUCCAGUAUGGUUGUUUGAAGUCCGGAUCAACAAAAUCUUUUUUUCAGGUUGAUUUUAAGAUUAAAAUUUUUUGUGAGAAAAUUAAACGUUUUAUCGAUACAGGUUCACCCUACAGAAACGCCCUCUCUAGUGCUGUACUGAAUCUACAGGAAGCAGGAGUGCUUUACAUACUGAAGGAAAGGUGGUGGAAAAUGAAAGGAGACAAAUGCAAAGAUGAUAGCAGUAAAGGGUCCGGGUCUACCAGCGAAAUGGGUUUGGCAAAUGUAGGGGGCGUUUUUGUAGUGCUUCUUGCAGGUCUUGGUGUUGCUUGUAUUAUCGCAAUUAUGGAGUUUAUAUGGAAAACACAGAAAGUAACUAGGGACGAACGGGAUUCCCUGUGCACGGAGAUGUUUCGUGAAAUACGCCUAAUACUCUCAUGUCGAGGAUCUUCACGACCCGCUCCAAAAACACCCGACGAAGGCUCACAAGCAGACGGCAUUACGCUGUCUUCAUUAAGAACUGUCACCAGUGUGAAUACGAGGCCAUAAUUACGUUAGGCCUAUAACAAUUACGUUUACUACGGCAGAUAUUUUCUGUAAAACGCAUUAUUCGGUCGUAGAGUUCGUUUAUUAUGAUUUUAU